CUGAAAAUUUCGAGUAUUUUCAGUUUAAAGAUGACGUACGUAGUAUGCAAAAAUCAGUAAAAUAAAAAGUAUUCAUAAAAUCGUUAUUUUUACGCGAAAUGAUAAAAAUUUAACACCAAUCGAUAGGGAAUUUCAUCGUCUUUAAUUUGAGACCUCAUGAAAGUUCAUCCGAACCCGCGAACAAUCGAAAAAGUUGCAUUUUAUACACGAAUAAUUGUAUGCAUACGUAUGAUAAGAUAACAUGUUUAUCCAUUUCUUGGAUGUGCAAUGGCGGCUGUCCUUACCCAUAACGAAGUUUAUAGUAGCCUUAGUUUUGGCAUCGGUUUUGGUGAUUUUUUGAAUUUUUGAUUGAUUGUUAUCAGUUAUCAAUCAAAAAACAAAUUUCAAAAUAUUCUCAAAAAUAUAAUAUUCUCCACAAAAAUAUCGCCAAAACUCAAAAGGGUCGACGGUCGAAGCGUAUCUGCGUUUACCUACAUAUGUAUGUUUCAACUCAUCAACUGUUUGAUGUGUUUUCUUAUCUUUGAAGUUUGAAUCCUCUUUAACAAACGUUGAACACAGUACGGUACGAGUCAAUUUGGAUUACGUGUUUUUGUUCUGUCGGCAAUAAUGAAAAAUGAAAAAUAGAACGGUAGAUGUGGAAAACCAUCAGAUUAAAUAUUAAAACAUCAUCAGCAUCGUCGGUCUCGGUCAGUCUCCAAGAAUAAUCAUGUUUUGGGCAACUUUGAUUGGUUUAAUUUGUCUCAAAAUACUUUUGAUGCCCUCCUACACAUCUACAGAUUUUGAGGUUCAUAGAAACUGGUUAGCAAUUACUUACAGUUUACCUAUGAAACAAUGGUACACCGAAAAUCACUCCAAUUGGACUCUAGAUUAUCCACCGUUCUUCGCGUUGUUCGAGUACUUGUUGUCUUUGGUUGCAUAUUACUUCGACCCAAAAAUGUUGGAUGUGAAUAAUUUAAACUACAAGUCGCAGAAUACGUUGCUGUUUCAAAGAUUUUCUGUUAUUGUCAUGGACCUUUUCUAUGCUUAUGGAGUAAAAGAAUGUGGCAGAUAUUUUAGUGAUAGUAAAUUAAGGAAAUCUAGCAAAUGGAAAUCGCAAUGGAAUUCUCCCUCAGCUAUUCUGAUCAUCUUAUUAUUGACAAAUGCUACGUUAUUGUUGAUAGAUCACAUUCAUUUUCAAUACAAUGGGUUUUUAUUUGGUAUCCUAUUGAUUUCUGUAGUUCGAAUGUUAGAGGAUAAGAAAUUUGAAAGUGCUGUUUGGUUUUUAAUACUCUUAAAUUUGAAACAUAUAUUCAUGUACAUGGCACCUGCGUACUUCAUCUACCUUUUAAGAAAUUACUGCUUUCUUGGAAAUUCAGUUUCAAGAAACACAUUUUCCAUGAAAAACUGCGUUAAAUUGGGAUUAGCAGUGGUCACUGUGUUUAUGAUCUCGUUCGGUCCAUUCAUUUUGUAUGGAGAAUUUUUUCAGGUUCUGAGUAGACUUUUCCCUUUCAAACGAGGAUUGUCUCAUUCAUAUUGGGCUCCAAAUUUUUGGGCGCUUUAUAACGGACUUGACAGAGUGUUAUUUUUCCUAGGUAAAAAAUUAGGCUAUAGUAUGAAAGGCCAAAGUGGUGGUAUGACGGCAGGUCUUGUCCAGCAGUAUGAACAUAGCGUGUUACCCUCUAUUUAUCCAUCGUAUACAUUCAUAAUUACUUUUAUUACAAUCAUACCUGCUUUAUGGAAAUUAUGGUUGAAUCCGGGGAAUCCUCUACAUUUUGUUAGAACUUUGAUAAUUUGUGCGUUUUCUUCAUUUUCAUUUGGAUGGCAUGUACACGAGAAAGCGAUACUUUUACCCGUCAUUCCUUUAACACUGAUGUCAGUUAUCUGGAGAAAGGAAGCUGUAAUAUUUUUGAUUUUAUCUACUGUUGGUCACUAUUCUGUUUUUCCGUUGCUGUACGAACAAUUUGAAUUAGUGACCAAAGUAUCAAUUACACUAAUUUAUUCCGUUUAUGCAUUUUGUAAUUUACCGCAACUAUAUAACGUAAAACGGAGCUCAUUUUCGUUUUCUUUGUUGAAUCAUUUCGAAACAUUGUACAUUUUUUCCUUAUCUUUGUUAUUUUUAUAUGAACAUUGUUUUCAGUAUAUGUUGGGAUUGGACAAAAAAUAUCCAUUUCUACCUCUGAUGUUCACUUCUGUUCAUAACUCUUGCGGUGUAAUUUAUUGUUACGUUGCUUAUUAUUGGUAUUACCUAAAAUUGCAGGACUCGAAUCAUAAAAGAAAAGCGUACUAAGUUUUCUCUGAUGAACAAUUUUGUUCAAAUUGAGGAAAUUAAUUUCCUGGCUUUCCCUUGUUUGUGACCAGUGUUUGGUUUGUUAUAUUUAUGUCGUGUAUAGUUAUUUGAUGUGAUAUUGUUUGUCGUGUUCUAUUCUUUAUGUGUAUUGAAGCUGUUAAAUUUUAUUUAUUUUUGUAUAUUUUGUACUAAUUAGAUUGUUCAGAAUAUGUAAAUGAUAACGCUGGCCGCACUUUCAUAUUCGUUCCACUUCAAAACGAGUCGUGUUAUCCAUUGAAUAGGCGUAGCCUAGAGGCCGGCUAGAGCCCUACAGUAGAUCAACCGACCCGUUUUUAUGGUUUUUCUGGGCUUAUAUUUGUCUUAUGUUCAGUAUCACCUUCAGUUUUGAGUUUUCUUUGCCUCUCAUCAAGCCCUCCCUAGCAAGUUAAUGCGUUGUGUUGUGAUUGUGAAAAGAAAAACAAUAAAGUAUUUCUUGUUGAAUGGUCA